AGAGAGUGACAGAGAGAUGGAGAGAGACCUGUAACACGUCACCGUCCGAAUCACAGCAAACCGGGCAAAAAUCAAGGAGCAGCUCAUCAACUUACGCAGAUGAUGUUCUCUUGAGGAAAAUGCCAGGACUGAAAAAUCGCACCACAUGGGCCCCACUUUUGCUGAAGACAUCCGACAUCACUUCCUGUGCCAAUGGCUGCUCUUUGGGCAUCACGGCUCAUCUCACAUACGUGAAUACUGACCCUGAACCUGUAGAGGGUGUGUUUGUGUAUCCUCUGGGGGAGAAGGAGGUUGUGGUGGGAUUUGAGGCAGUGGUGUCCGGUAGGCUGGUCAGUGUGGAACUCCAGAGCCGUGGGAAGCUAGAGGACUGCUGUUUGGAUUGCUGCCCAGGAUCGGCGCUGCACACCCAGUGUGGUCACAGCAAGGAGUGGGGAUGCUGUGGAGGAACAGGUCUGGAGAUACAAUGCUCAAACGGUCAUCUGUUGCUGGAUGAGGACCUGGAGAGGAACACUUUCAUUGUGAGCACAGGCCAGAUUGGACCGCUAGAAAUUGUAUCUGUUGUCAUCAGCACCACCCUUGAACUUCCUACACUUGAAAAUGGGGCAAUCCGCCUGGUUUAUCCCACAGUGCUCACACCUAUAGUGAGAGCACGGCUCCAACCAGGAAAAAGUGAAAAUGGGGGAAAAUCAGAGGAGACCAGCCCGACUACGUGCUUUGGCACUGUGUCCGGAAAGCAGGAGAGGAUGCUGGGAGUCGGGCAGCAGUGCACCCAUGCUUUGCUCACCAGCACUUCAACAAACCUCUCGUCUUAUCAGCUCAGCUUCCAGCUGCUGGUUCGAGGAGCCUGUCUGCUGGCUGGUCUGGAAAGCCCCACCCAUGCCCUGCGUGCGGAUGCCGACCCCAGUGCACAGUCUGCGUAUGCAACCUACAUCACUCUGGCGGAGGAGCAUUCGUGUGACCGACAUCUGGAAAUAAUACUACACCUUAGCGAGCCUCAUAGCCCGUUGGUCACCCUAGAGAGGGGCCGACUCACAUUUAGUGAGUACGAGCAGCAGAUCCGUGCUCGACGAGAUUUCAUUCGCUUUGCCCGAAAGGAGGCAGAGUCUGAGAAGAGGCUGGAGUUCAUACGAAGACGCUAUCACAAGGAUCUGCUCUUGAACCCUGUCCUGAUGCUUAACUUCUGCCCUGAUCUGCUGUCAGAACCAACAGAACUGCAGCAGGCCAGCAGAGAGCUCAUCUUCCUCAUUGACAACAGCAACACAAUGACACAGCACAACAUCAACAAAAUCAAGGAGGGGAUGUUGGUGACCAUCAAGAGUCUGCCGACCCGCUCCAUGCUGAACAUCGCUGGCAUUUGCUCAACAGUCAGGCCUCUUUUCAGCUCCAGCAAGCCCUGCACAGAUAGUACAGUGACUCAGGCAUUAGAGUACAUCCAGAAGAUGCGCAUAGACCAGGGUGGUGCUAACCUGUGGGGGGCGCUGUCCUGGGUUUAUCGGCAGCCUGUCCACCGCAGCUGCCCACGACAGCUCUUCAUCCUCUUGGAUGGGACCUGCAGCAGUGUAGGCCGCGUGCUAGAACUGGUCAGGAGGAACGCCUGUAACGUCAGGUGUUUUGGUCUGGGUCUUGGUCCUCAAGCCUGUCGGAGGCUACUGCAGGGCGUUGCCAAGGUUACGGGAGGCAGUACAGAGUUUCUCAGUGAGGAAGAAAGGCUUCAGCCGAAGUUGAUUAAAUGUCUAAAGAAAGCUCUGGAACCCGUGUUGACGGAUGUGCGGAUUGACUGGUAUGUGCCGGACAAUGUGGAGGCCCUUCUCUCACCCAAUGAAAUUCCUCCGCUCUACCCUGGCAACUGCCUGAUUGGCUACUGCACUCUAUAUGACGUGUCUGGAUUCAGGGCCCAGAAAACUGAGCAGGUGAAGCCUCGUCCAUACCGAAGCCGUCCACGUGGUUCAGCGGGGUCGGUUUUCGAGUUCUCUCCAUCCACUUCUGAGCUCCUUCAGCCUCUGGUUCCCCCGGAGGAGCGCGAGAGAGAUGCCGUAAGAGAGUGCGGGGUGGAAGGAGAUUUUGAGGAAGCGCUGCGGGAAAUUUCACGAGAAAUCUCGUCGGAAUUCUCCUGUGCACAUGCCACCGAUAAUGCCGCCAGCCCUGGUGGCGACACGGACUACAGCACCAGUGAUGUGCGCUGGCGUAUUCAACAGGAUUCAUAUGUUCAGGAUCAGUAUGUGUUGACACACUGUUCUCUGAGCAGUGAGAAGGCCUUCUCAUCUGUUUCUCCCCAAGCAGAGAGCUCUGUCCUGGGCAUGGGUUCUCUGCCGCAUGGCUUGGAGAGAAUGGAGCCCACACAAAGUAGAGGCCUCUCGCGCUGGGAGUCUCCGUGGACUCAGAAUGCCACUUCUUCAGGGGACACUGAUUCUGCAUCAGGGAAGGCUGGCAAGCUCUUGGAUGAGUCUCGUCGCAGGCAGAAGGCACUAGCUCGCUCUGCUCUGGCUGGCCGAAGUUUCUCAUCUCCACAGGGUGACCUGGACAUGCACCGGUUGAGGAGAGCGCUAGAGAAGGUCUCAUUUGAGCAGGCCAUCGGGGGCCGACUGGAGGAGAGUGACACAGACACCCACAGCACCUCACGAGGAGGUCUAUCCCAUCCCAGCCUAACAGACUCCAAUGGCCUCCUGUUCCCAGCUUCCCCACUAGACUGGGACACCUUUACUGAUCCCGAAUGCCUAUUCUCAGCCGCUCCCCCAGGCGAGUUCCAGGCUUCAGGGGCCCAGUGUCGCUCAGUCAUCCAUGGCAUGCUGGGAGGAAGGGCUGUAUCCUGGGAGGUCAGAGUGGAUCUGUCUCUUCUGUGGGACACGGAGAGCUCAGCAGCCCUGCAAACCAGCACUGGGUCCUGGGAUGAGAUUAUCCACCAGCUGACUGCAAGAUCUGUCAUCAGAGACUUUGAAAACAUGGCAGAGAAAGAAACAGAUAUUGAAGUUGAAAGAGGUCCGUUCAGGCGGUACAGAAUGAAAGCAAUCCAGACCAGCAAAAGCUGUGGAAUCGUCUGCAUGUAUACAAGCUUCACCACCACAGAUACCAAUACAAGAAAUCAACCUCAGAGCACACGACACAUGGGUGUUCAGUUUGGGACCAGACAUAGCAGAAGACAGAAACUGUGUUCAGUGGGAUUGGGACGCCGUCCCUCCAGCAGAGCCAGUGAAGAAACAGAAGAUACACACACAUCGACAGACAGAGACGACACACCUGCAUCCCCUUGUAGCAUGAAAUCCUGGGACAGUAGCACAGGAGGGAGCAUCAGUCCAUCAGCAGUGUCUUCUCGCUCUCAGCGCUCUGUUGAAAGUUUCUUCGGGUCCAAGUUCAAUCUGGGCAGACUAAAGGGCAAUAACGGAAAACAAGCUCCUCUCAAACCUCACUGUCUUUCUGCAGAGACUGACAGACACUUAGAGACAGACUCGCCUGACUACUUGCCACUGGUGCGCCUACAGUUGGCAUCAGGUGCAUUUCUGCUGUCUGAAUCCUACUCCGAGUGCAUCCAGAUCCCUCUGGACCGCCUGAAACGAGCAUCCCCGUACCUGAGCCACCGCAGCAGUCUCAGCCCCCCUUUCCGUUGUACUUCACCACCCACCAUGUCAACAAGACACAUCCGAGACUCAUGGUCCGAGCCUGUAGAGGAAGGUUCUCCAAAAUUGGUAGGUGGAGUCACACAGGCUGACAGUGGGCGGGGCUCUGAGACUGACACGUGUGAAGGUCCUCUGCUGGAUCCUGCAGAACCUCAUGGAGAGGAGCUGGCACAGAUUGACGUAGAGAGCUCAAGCUGGGCCACAGCGGUGGCUCUAGCCUGGCUGGAGCACCGAUGCGCUGUUUUUGUGGAGUGGGAACUGGUGGCUGCCAAAGCAGAUUUCUGGUUAAAGUGUCAAACGCUGCCGGAGGGCGUCGACCUGGCAGGGUUGAGGGCAGCGGCCAGGCAGCUUUUCCUGCUGUUGCGUCACUGGGAUGAAAACAUCAAACUGAACGUGCUUUGCUACAACCCCAAUAACAUGUGAGAAAAAGAUUACAUUUUUGGGGUUUUACUUCAAUUUAAUCCUGUUGGCUGGAUUCAUAAGUCAAUUUAGCAGAAUAGAGUUCAUCUAAGAUGUCUUUCAAUGGAAAUAAGUGACCCUGGACCACAAAACUAGUCAUAAGUAGCACUGGUAUAUUUGUAGCAUUAGGCUAUUAAGUAAAGAUCAUGUUCCAUGAAGAUAUUUUGUAAAUUUCCUACCGUAAAUAUAUCAAAACAUGAUUUUUGAUUAGUAAUAUGCAUUGCUAAGAACUUCAUUUGGACAACUUUAAAGGUGAUAUUCUCAAUAUUUGGAAUUUUUUUGCACACUCAGAUUCCAGAUUUUUAAAUAGUUAUAUCUCAGUAAAUGUUGUUACAAAUACAUCAAUGGAAAGCUUAUUUAUUCAGAUUUCAGAUAAAGUAUAAAUCUCAAUUUCAAAAAAACUGACCCUUAUGAGUGGUUUUGUGGUUCAAGGUCACAUAAAGGAUUUAGUUGUGUUCUAGUUUUUCUCAUGCCCUGACCACAAUCCUGUACAAGCUUUGCCUUAAUCUGUGGGCCUCAGUCUAAUUAUGCAGUAGAAUGUAGUUCACUGCAGAUCUGACAGCACUUUAUCUUAGCAAUAGCAAAAUGACUAGUAGUGGAUGCUUCAUGAAACCAAUCACCAACAUGUAUAGCAGGCCAAAAUUACACAUUCUUGCCUUAACUUACACUACUGGUCAAAAGUUUAGAGUCAGUAAGAAUUAUUUUUUUUUUUUUAAUUCAGCAAGGACACAUUAAAUUGUUUAAAAGUGACUAAGGAUUUACAAUGUUACACUUCGGGGGAGACACUGCAGAAAAAAAAUAGUUUUUUCAAGUACCUGUCAAAAGAUUUUGGGCUUUUUGAUUUUUCAUAAAGUGUUUUUUCAGACUAGUGGAAAGAAAACAUCCAAAGUAUUUCUUUUUUAGCAGUUUAUCUAUUUGUGUCAAUAUAUUUCAAUUACAAUACAUAUUUUUAAAAGAUAUUUUCUCAAAAUGAGUUUCUUUCUCCUACACUGAGCCAAAAAUCUCCACUUCAGUUUUUAUUCAUGUCUAUAUUCUGAAGGUUUUUAUAGAGGGAUUUGUUAGUAUAUAAUUAGCUUGAUUAUAUACAACAUUUUAUUCCCCUAAAAAUUGUGAAAAUAUAUUGUUUUCUGUCUGUUCUAAGUAUCUGAAUUAUGACAAAAAUGAGAUACAGAGGGAAUUUUGGGUAAAAACAUUUGCCUCUAAUAUGUCAAAAAAUUGAACAAGAAUUUUGAAAAUGACUCCAGUGUUAGAUUUUUGUGCUAGAAAUGUAUGCAAAUUUACACAUUUCAUUAAAUAAUGCCUCAUUUGCAUAUUUAAACCUUAGAAAACUUGUAAUACAAAAAAAAGUUGGCAAUUAUCAAUGCAAUAAAUCUACUGGGUAAGUAUUAGUUAAUUUUUUUUUUUUUUACCCUAUUCACCUGCAGUGUCUCACCUUAAUUGAUUUCAAAUUAAUGUUCUUUUGAACUUUCUAUUUAUUAAAAAAUCCUUAAGUACUGUUUCCGCAAAAAUAUUAAGCAGUACAGUAUUUCAAUAUUGAUAAUAAGAAAUGUUUCUUGGGCAGCAAAUGAGCAUAUCAGAAUGAUGAGUAAUGAUGCUGAAAAUUCAGCUUUGCAUCACAGAAAUAAAUUACAUUUUUAAACGUAUUAAAAUAGAAAACAUUUAUUUUAAAUUGAAAAAAUAUUUCACAACAAUAAUGUAGUUAGAAUCAAAUAAAUGCAGCCUUGGUGUGCAUAAAUGACUUUCAUUUUAAUUUUACUGACCCUAAACUUUUGACCGGUAGUGUACAACAGCUGAUUUAAUUUAAUUAAUCUGUUUCUUACUUUAGUCAAGUUUAAAACUAAACUAGACUUUAGUUCAAACCACAUUUUUUGGAAUGACUGAUUCUGUCAGUAUUACUCAGUUUUAGAGCUGUUAACCAUUUAAACAAUCUAACACUGAUAAAUUGUAUUUUGUAGGCUCAUUUGUGUUUUGUUUUGACAGCAAUUGAUUUCUGUGUGCUUGGCAAUGACUGCUUGCUUUUAGCAUUCUUGAGAUGUUUUGAAUUUCUUUUGUUCUUUUGGAGUUUGCUUUCAAGUUUGUUUUCAGGUAACACCACAAAAACAAUCUGCAAAACCUGGGGCUAUAUUUUUCAUGUUCAAUCAUAAGAAUCUGUGGUUACUAUGAAUGUUUUGAAAUUAUGACAUUUUAUUUUCAAUCACUUACAAAUCCAUACAAUAAAAUGCUCUGAAUGAUUCCAAA